AUGAAGGAGAAGCUUUGUAUUCUCGAAGUGAAACCUACAAUAACGGGAGAAAAACUGACGCUGUACCGGUCGGGAGAGAUGCCCUCAUUGCAACAGACUAGCUUUAAGGAUUGGCCUAGCCCAGACAUCGCUCGAUCGCUGACGGGUUCAGAUAUUUUGCAAAAACAUUCAAUUAAUUCCUUGUUACUGGAGCACAAUGAAAUAAUUAGCCGAGGAUUACCGUCUCCUAUCGAAGAAAAUGUGUCAUUUUCCGAUAUUUUGGGCACUUCACAAUCAUCGCAAUCUACCUCCACCUCGUCAUCUCUGGGCGCGAACAGCAGCAACAUCAGCAGCGGCAAUGGCCAUCAGCCAUCAUUGGCAUCAUUUUCGUCGAUCUCCUCCCUCGGUUGUCCAGACAGUGCUAGCAUAUUGGGCUCGAGCCUGAGCGGACCAAACACGGCUUCAUCACCCGUUAUCAACACCAGCAAUCCGUUCAACUUCUCCGGGUUGUCCUUGUCGAGCUCUAGUUUAAACUCGCCAGAGAUCAGCAGCAAUGGUGGCGGUGGCGGAGGAGGAGGAGGAGGAAGUGGUGGUGGUCAAUCACCAAUUUACUACGGCAAUGUGCACUCAGCCAAAAAUUAUGACGACUUUCGGUAUGACAACGACAUUAGCUUAUCUAGCUCGAACAGCGCAAAUAGUCUGACGUCGGAGACGCUUAAAUUGCUCCAACGCAACAUGAGUAGUUAUGACUGCUCUCUGCCGACAUCUCCGAAUGCAUCUUCUACCGCCGGGGCAAGCACGAGAUACUUCCGUGGAUCGCAACAACUCAGCGACCUGAAUCAUAACUUCGAGCCUAGCAACACCUCUUCUCUUUUCGGAAUUAAUCAGUCGCUGUCACGUUCCAAUUCACCGCCCGACAAUGACGCCAGUUUGCUGUCCAACUUAGAUAGUACCAACAUUUUGGACAUGAUCAGUUACCUCACCAUCAGUCAGCAGCAGGGUGCACAUAAUCUGUAUCAACAUGGAAACAAUAAUAACUCUGGCAACAACAGCAUCAACAGCAACGGAAAUUUACAAUCACAGUACAAUCAACAUCCGAACUCAAAUCACUUUUAUCAGCAGCAAGGAAGUUCGUUCGGAAACGGCAACUGUAGUAGGGACACAUCUAGUGGCAGUUGUAAUAAUUUAGCGAGUAAUUAUGAACGACUGCAAAAUUUGCAGGCUUUAAAUGCCUUGCGUCUUCUGCAACAGUCGCAACAACUGUCUCAAUUUCAACUCCAGCAGUACCAAUUUAAUCAGCUGUUGCCGCACUAUAAUGGCUCCCAGCUCAAGAACCUGGCUCUACAGAAUUCAUCAUCACCCUCAACGAAUAACAGUGGCAAUGAUAUUAAUCUUGACAGAAUUGCACGAUUUCAUCGUUCAUCUGCCGCCCAUUAUGAUGCAACAUGCACAUGGAGUGGCGUGCUGCCUCCUCGGUCGCAUCGCCUAGUCACUUAUUCUUCGAAAAUCUUUCUGGGAGGUAUGCCUUGGGAUAUAAGCGAACAGUCCUUAGUUCAAAUCUUCAAGCCUUUCGGGUCCAUUAAAGUCGAAUGGCCUGGUAAAGAACAGCAGGCAAUCCAACCUAAGGGAUAUGUGUACAUUAUUUUCGAAUCGGAUAAGCAGGUUAAAGCUUUGUUACAAGCAUGCACCUACACCGACGCGAAUAGUUAUAAUGGAUCCAAUCGUGGAGGAACGAGCACAUCUGGAACUUUGACUUAUUCAUCGUCCGGAAGCGAUGAACAACAACUUCAAUCGAUUCAACAAUCUGGACAGCAGCUGCAACUAUACCAACCGAACAAGCUUCUCACGCCUCCAGGAGCUAAAAUUAAUUUCAAAAUUUCGUCUAAACGCAUCAAAUCUAAAGAUGUUGAGGUGAUUCCUUGGAACAUUGCAGAUUCCAACUACGUGAAGUCCACCUCACAGAAACUUGACCCCACAAAGACAGUGUUUGUUGGAGCCUUACACGGACAGCUGACUGCUGAGGGCUUAGCCAAAAUUAUGAACGAUCUCUUCGAUGGCGUUGUGUAUGUUGGGAUCGAUACGGACAAGUAUAAGUAUCCUCUUGGAUCUGCACGUGUUACCUUCAACAAUUCUCGUUCCUACAUGAAAGCCGUAGUAGCAGCGUUCAUCGAAAUAAAAACAGCCAAAUUCACCAAAAAGCUUCAGGUGGACCCGUACCUGGAAGACUCGCUGUGCUCGAUGUGCGGAGUACAACACGGACCAUACUUUUGUCGGGAAAUAGUCUGCUUCAGAUAUUUCUGUCGAUCUUGCUGGCAAUUUCAGCACAAUCGAGACAGUUCUCUUCAGAACCAUAAACCACUAACGCGCAAUUCAAAAUCUACUGCAAUAGUGGGCGUUGGACCGCAGUCGGGAACUGUAACUCAGCCGCACCAUCAUGCUCAAUCACAGGUUCACUAUCAUCACAAUCAUCAGCAACAUCAUAACCACUCCCAGCAUCAUUCCUAUCAUUCGAUGCAUGGUUCGCCAAAAUCGCCUUCUCCGCCGAGUAUUAGCAGUAGUAAUAGUUCGGCAGAUUCAUCACCGGUCACCUGUCAUGGCCCGGCCAAUCUUCACCAGCAACUGCAGCAGUUUGGGAGCCUGUAA